GUUUGCUCCUCAUUUUUCCUGGCUCAAAAAAAGUUUCUGGACGAAGGUAUCGACCAUCAGUUCGCAGGCCUUCACUGACAUUCGAGCUGAAAAAUGUCCAAGAUGGCUGGGACAAAACGUACACACGAUAACACCGAGGCUAAAGCCUCCAAAAAGGCAAAGGUCGCUUCAGAACUCCCCAAGCAGGCAAAGUCGGCCUCUCUUGAGGAUGACUUUGUUCCUUUCGAUGAUGCCGACAACGGUACUGCUCUAGCUGUGUCAGAUGGCAAGGCCAAAAAGCAGAAAGAAAAGUAUAGGCCUCAAGUAUACAAGGCACCGAAAAAGCCUGAGCCAUAUCUGAAUGGGACCACUACAUCUCGAGAAGCGCACGCAAAGCAGAAGGCGCUUACUCAAGACCGAAAAUCCGCAAAGCCUAAUGCAGACUCGAUCGCACGGUCGAAGAAAAUCUGGGAGCGGCUCCGCCGCAAGUCUCAUGUGCCGAAGGAAGAACGAGACGAAUUGGUCAAAGAACUAUUCGAGAUAAUCUCGGGUCGGGUUAAGGAUUUUGUCUUCAAGCAUGAUGCCGUGCGAGUGAUCCAGUGCGCAUUGAAAUAUGCAACACCGGAGCAGAGGAGGCAGAUCACAAGGGACCUGAAAGGGACCUACAGGGAGCUGGCCGAGUCCAAGUACGCCAAAUUCCUCAUCGCCAAGAUGGUUGUCAAGGACGAUGAAAGUAGAGAUGCUGUUGUGGAAGAGUUCUAUGGUCAUGUCAAAAGACUUAUCCGACACCCUGAGGCGAGCUGGAUCCUCGACGACAUUUACAGAGGCAUCGCCACGAAGCAACAGAAAGCCAUUAUGCUGAGAGAGUGGUAUGGUCCAGAAUUUGCAGUCUUUGCAAAAUCAAACGGUACUACCUCUGGUGAAGAGGUUACGGCGGACCUGUCAGAGAUCUUGAAGCAGAACCCGGAGAAAAGAGGUCCCUUCAUGCAACAUCUCAAAGAAAUGACCAACCAGCUCGUGCAGAAGAAGACUACAGCAUUUACCAUGCUUCACGAUGCGUUGCUGCAAUAUUUCCUGAACUGCAAACCUGGAAGUCCAGAAGUCGAAGAGUUCUUGGCUAUGCUGCGUGACGACGAAGAGGGCGAUGUCUACAAGAAUCUGGCCUUCACCAAGUCUGGGUCUCGGUUGGUGUGCCUGGCGCUUGCUUACGGCAACUCCAAAGACAGACGAGGGAUCCUCAAAUUCUUCAAGACGCACAUCAAGCUCAUGGCAUCUGAUGUCUACGCGCACAGAGUAUUGCUGACAGCAUAUGAGUGCAUCGAUGACACUGUCAUGACGGCGAAGGCUAUUUUUCCGGAGUUGCUCAGCAAGGACCUCGACCAAGAAGCCCGAGAACAAGAGUUGCUUGCCCAGGUUGACCACCUAACAGCGCGCAUACCGCUCUUGUAUCUCAUGUUUCAGGAUGCUCCAAAAUGGCUGCUGCCGGACGAGUCCGCUGCCAUCAUUAAGGAAGUGCGCGAGAUCCGAACCCAAACAUCCAAGAAGGACCCAGAAGUCCGCCGAACGGAAUUGAUGAAGGCCAUUUCGCAAACCCUCCUGGAUCUGAUAGCCUCGCAAACUGAGGCUCUUGCAAAGUCCACAUUUGGCUGCAAGUACAUGCUGGAGACAUUGUUGGGAGCUAUCGGGGAGAAAGAGGCUGCGCUCACUGCCAUCGCCGAUCUUGCCACCUCCCGUGAUGAAUCAGAGGCAAUGACUGCACUUCUCUCCUCGCCACCGUUUGGUCGAUUGCUCAAGGGACUGGUGCAAGGCGGGCGUUUCGACGCAAGUACCAAGACAGUCAAGCAAGUCGAACCACCACUGAAAUUCCACGAGCUGCUUUACGAGCGGAUCAAGAAUCAAAGUGAGGAUGACGAUGGAGCAGGCGAGAUUGUCAAAUGGGCGACCGGACCCAACUCAUUUGUGAUAGUGGCUAUGCUCGAGGCCGAGGAUUUCAGUCAUGCCGAUGAGCUGAAAGCUAUCAUCAAGAAGAAUGCAUCGUCCCUCGAUGAGGAUAACGCUGGUGCGCGCAUUAUUUUGGAGAAGGUUGGAAAGCGACCGGCCAAGGGUGAUGAUAAUGAGGUGAAGGAUAGCAAAGAGAAGAAGAGUGGUCAGGAGAAGAAGAGCAAGAAGGAUAAAAAGUCGAAAAGCAAAUAGACGUAUUUUUUGGCCCUGCCCUGCUAUUUGGCAGGCCGGCUGUCAUGACCACGAUGAAGACUACCUAUUGAUUGUUCUUUUUACCAAUAUUGCUGAGUUCCAAACUUUGUCUGCUUCGUGAAAAUUUGUAUAGGAUCAUCAAGCCCGACCGUUGCCUCGGUUUGCUGAUUGCACAAUGCUGUGUACCUAGGUAUCGAAGUAGCCAAAGUAGC